ACUCCUUGUCGAUCAAAGUUCAUCGCUCUCUUCUCUCGAGAAACCUAAACCCUUUCCUCAGAAAAAGAGCGCCAAAAAUAAAAAUAAAAACUAAUUUUUUAGGAAAAUCAGAGCUCAGAAAUGUCGAUAGCUUCCACCAUUCCUUGCAUCAAAAUCAAAAUCUCUCCUUCUCCUUCACCCCACACCUUAAAAAUUUGCUCCCCGAUACCCUAUUUUACAGUUCGGAGUUCCAAAGCAGAAGGCCCUUUGAGAAGACCGACGGCUCCUUCACUCUCUCCUCCUAUUAGUACUGCUCCGUCUCUCUCUCCCCCUCCAUCCCUAUCACCCGCUCCUCCGGCAAAGCCGGUUGCCGCGCCUUCAGCGGGGGAGGUGAAGGGAGUGGUGACGUUGGAGUUCCAGAGGAGGAUGGCGAAGGAGCUGCAGGAUUACUUUCGGCAGAAGAAGUUGGAAGAGGCUAAUCAAGGCCCGUUCUUUGGAUUCUUGGGGAAGAAUGAGAUCGCGAAUGGAAGGUAUAUCUACAACGCUAUUCGAGGAAGGAAAUUUCACUGUGAGAUUACGAGUUUCAAUCACCAUGCGGAAAUAAUUGAGUGCGCCAAAGAUGCACUUGUAUGCCAACAAACUCAGUGAUAACGCCGAAGUAAUAUCCAUAUGGGCAAUGUUUGGUUUUGCUGUCGGGCUUCUUACAGAGUAUGCAACAGGAGCAGAUUUUGUCCAGCAGCUCAAAAUCUUACUCUCUAAUUUCGGAGUCGUCGAUUUGGAUUAAUGCUCUGGUUCUUUAUUUUCUAUA